AUGGCUUCUGGGCAGACCAGCAACACUGGACGAACUAGUCUCCUUCGUGGUUAUCCAGAAAGUUUGAGCGCCGCAGAUAACACCCGCAUCUCAGAAGACAACUACCCAGCCCCGGAAGGCGUAGAAAAGGUACAACGGGUCGAGCCAGAAGUAAAAAUACCAGAGGCCUUCGAUAGCCAUUUCCACUUGGAUCGAACUCUGCGAAAGUUGCAUCUGUCCGAUGGUACUUUGGAGGAUAUUUUCAACAAAGUCUCAAUGGACAAUGACAAACGUGUCAAACUUGUUGGCACUGUAGCCGUCUACUGUGACCCAGCAUCGUAUCCUUCCGAGCAAACUUUAUCUUCAUUACCAGAGGAUAUGUCUGUGGCAAUUGGAUUUCAUCCAAAACAUGCCAGCAGUAGCCAUCGCAGACUGAAUGAGGACAUUAAACACAUGUUGAGACUCUUGCGUCAUCCUAGGGUCUCGGCAUUCGGAGAAAUAGGCAUAGACCACACUGAGCCUAGAAAAGAUUGGUCCUACCAAGUGGAUAUACUGGAAAAGAUCUUGCCAGAGCUCCAGGAUCAGCAUGUAUUGAUUGUACACUGCCGUGGAAUGAGAGGCGACUGCGGAACAGAAGCUUUUCUACUUCUACUGCACUUUUUGAAGAAGUUAGUCCGCACCAAUCAUCCCAUUCAUCUCCGCUGCUUCGCAGGUAAUCAGUAUGUGUUGAAAAGAUGGUUAGAGGUGUUUCCACGAACAUACAUUGGUUUCACCAACAUGGUCCAGUCGUUUGAUCCAGAGCAAGUUGCUGCUUUAUGCGCCAUUGAAGAAAACAGGUUGCUCCUGGAAUCUGACGCUCCAUACUUCAAGACGAUGGGAACCAAUGUAUCGUCUCCAAGCUAG